UGAGCUUGCCCUCUAAUGUUUACUGGACGCUUCAUGACCCACCCAAAGCUACUUGGUGCAAACUAUUCCGUCCAAGAUCUGGCGGCAGCCCGACCGUGAGGUGCAACGUACUUAAAGGGUUGACAGUUAUAUGCAAAAUGUCUUUUUUGUUGGGACUCCUGUUUAUUACAUGCUUUUCAUCUACCUGUGCUGUCCUUACGUUGACACAGAGUCCACCUGCUGUAACGGUGGCGCCGGGAGCCUCGGUGACUCUCUCCUGCCCUCAGCAUGAUGACAACGAGGCGAACAACGUGGGUUGGUACCGACAGGUAGAACCGGGGAAGAUGCUGCAGUAUGUCGUUUUCUUAAACAAAGAUCUCAGAAUUACUUACGGAGAUCAUAUUGAAGCAGACCGUUUCGUGCCUUCCCGGGACGACUGGAAGCGUAGGAACAGCUACUUCCUGACCAUCCGCAAUGCCACUAAGGAAGACGAGGCUAAGUACUUCUGUGCCAUUUGGUUUCUGGGCUCCCGGGGCUUCGUCCGAGGAAACGGGACGUGGCUCCGCUUGACAGGAACCUCUUUACCCACAGUGUGGAUUUUUCCUCCUUCAAGUGAAGAACUGUCUACUGGAAUAGGGUCAGUUUGUUGCCUGGUUAAGGGAUUUUAUCCAGGAACUGUGGAAGUGCAUUGGAGUGUGGAUGGUGAUGCAGUAUCUGAAAGUGUGUCAACCACACCUCCGGUGCUGGAGAAGGACAAUACCUAUAGUGUAAACAGCUGCUUGUCAGUCACGGCACCUAAAUGGAAACAUCACAGCUUUUUCUCUUGUAUAGUCAGGCAUGAAUCAAGCAGUACCGUAAUUCAAAAAUCUGUUAAUUCAAAACAUGCAUAAAAUGAAAAUAUUUUUCUGAGGCACUGCUAUUAAUAACUAAUACAAAUAACUUAUUGGCUGCAUGAUUUGCUAAAUUAAUCAGAACAAUGUUUUAUUCAAAGUAUAAAUAUUAACAAGAAAGUAGAAAUAAUAGCAAGUGCUAUAAAGGUUAAAGUGUUGAACAUCUUUUAUUUUGGCAGAGAUACUAGACAGUGUGCUAACUGAUUGUAACUGGCUGAUCCAUCAGCAACUCAAAAAAGAAUUUAUGCAAGUGUUUGAAACUGCUUAUCAGUUACUUUAUACUAAUCCAUAAAUCCAAUAUAGCCAAUGAAUAAAUGGCAUCCUUGGUCAGUCUCAUAGUAGUUAAACAUGUGGAGCUCUAUAAAAUCAAGCUAUAGGAGGAGAGAAGUUAAAGAUAUUUGACUAACUUGUAUAUUUUUCAGAUUUCUUAGUAACAGUUUCCUGUUAAUGUUUUAUUAAAUGGUAACUUUUCAUGUGA